UCAUUGAACGUCUCAGCCUUGCGCUGGAUUCUGCACCAUCGCAUCCCAGAGGCCGUGGAUCUCCACCACGGCACGCCGUACGCGGAGAUUGCAAAAACAUGCGAUGUGGAUCAGUCGUUCCUCGAACGCGUCAUACGCUUCUCCAUGCACGACCUGAUCUUCAAUGAACCUGUUCCGGGACACGUCUCACACACGGUGUAUUCCGCAGCACUGGUCACCGGAGUGGGCCUGAAAGCGCUGAUCAAAAUGAACGCCGGAGAUCUUGCGAGUGCUGGCUCGAAGCUGAUCGAGGCGGAAGAGAAGUGGCCAGGCAGCCAGGAGGCCACCCAUAGUCCGUGGAACUUCGCCUUCGAUACCGAAGCACACUGGGCGCGCAAUUUCACGGACAUGAUGGAGUACGAUAACCAGCAGCCCGUCUACGCCUUGCGCCAUGUCGUAGAUGGGUAUGAGUGGCAAAGCGUCAAGGACGUUGUGGAUGUCGGAGGAGGAACUGGCGACCUGGGACUCGCAUUGGCAGUUGGCCACAGUGGCUUGGAUGUCAACGUUGCAGAUCGACCGGCCACUAUUGACAUCGCAAAGACACAGACUUGCCCCUCUACGCCGCCAGGCCUCCAGUUUGUGACAUUUGAUUUUUUCGGCCCGCUGCCGGAAGAAAUCGCGUAUUGCGAAGUCUACCUGCUCCGCAGAAUCCUGCACGAUUGGCUGGAUCAGUUCGCGGUCAAGAUCAUCAAAAAUCAUUUGCCGGCUCUCAAGGCCGGCGCCAAAAUGCUGGUGAUGGAAAUGGUUCUACCGGAGCCUGGUGAGCUGCCGCAGAGCUUGGACAAAACGAUUCGCAGCCUGGACAUGCUUAUGAAGCAUGUCUUGAAUGGGAAAGAGCGGAGUAGGACGCAGUGCCAACAGUUAUUCACCAGCGUGGAUCCAGACUUGGUGAUUGCAUCCAUCAAAAGACCUGAAGGAAGCGUUCUUAGUUUAUUGGAAGUCAAGUGUGUCAAUUCUCGUCGACCCAUCAUCAUUUGA